AUGGUUGCUGCUGUACAAGUGAUGUCUGCAACAAUACUCAAUGUGGAGUUCAUAACUGGGAAUUUGGGGAAUGGAUUCAUAGCACUGGGGAACAUCGUGGACUGGGUCAAGAGAGGAAAGAUCUCUGCAGUGGAUGGGAUCCUUACUGCUCUAGCCAUCUCCAGGAUCACUGUGCUGUGGUCACUGUACAUAAUGGUAUCAAUAUUCUCAAUAUACCCAGACUUAGAUGCGGCUAUGCAAACAGUAAGACUGACUAAUCAUAUCUGGUUAAUUUCUAACCAUUUUAGCAUCUGGCUGGCCACCAUCCUCAGCAUCCUAUAUUUUCUCAAGAUAGCCAAUUUUUCUAACUCUAUUUUUCUCUACUUACGGUGGAGAUUUACAAAGGUGGUUUUAGUGGCAUUUCUGGUGUCUUUGUUCCUCUUGUUUAUAGACAUUUUAGUGACAAACAUCAUCAUAGAUAGGUGGAUGGAUGAGUUCGAAGCAAACGUAUCUUACAGCUACAAACUAAAGAAUUUUGCAAACACUUCCAGGCAUCUUGUAUUAACAAAUACUAUGUUAACAUUAAUACCCUUCACUAUGUCCAUGACAAUGUUUGUUCUGCUCAUCUUCUCUCUGUGGAAACAUCUGAAGAAGAUAAAGCACAUUAUCAAAAGCUCCCGAGAUGUCAGCACCACAGCUCACAUCCAAGCCUUGAAAACUGUGGUUGCCUUCCUCCUGCUGUAUGUCAUUUUUACUUUCUCUCUUUUUGCACAACUUUGGGGUUAUGAGUUUGAAGAAAAAAAUGUUUUUGAAUAUUUUUGCCCUGUUGGUAUAAUUGCUUUUCCAUCGCUCCACUCAUUUGUCCUGAUUAUGGGAAACAGUAAGCUCAGGCAGACCUCUCUUUUGACACUGUCACUGUUAAGGUGCAAGAUCCAAGGAUGUGGACCCUUCAGUCCCUGA